AUGGGGGUAGUGGUUGGUGGGGUGAGGGAUGUGGGUGAUUGGGGGUUGGGUUGUGGUGGUGGUGGUGUGGGUGGGGGGUGUGUGGGGUGUGGGUGUGGUGUGUGUGUGGGUUGGGGUUGUGUGUGGGUGUGUGGGUGGAUGGUGUGGGGUGGUUGGUGUGUUGGUGGUGUUGUGGGUUGUGGGUUGGGUGGUGGGUGUGUGUGGGUGUGUGGGGGUGUGGUGUGUGGUGUUGUGGUGUUGUUGUUGUUGUGGUGUGUGGUGUGUGUGUGUUGUGUGGUUGUGGGUGUGGGUGUUGUGUUGUGUGUUGUGUUUGUGAGUGUGUGGUGUGAGAGGAGAGAGAGGAGAGAGACGAGAGAGGAGAGAGAGGCGAGAGAAGGGAGAGAGAGGAGAGGACAGUUUAAUGAUGUGGCACAGACUCAUGUAGACUGA